UAAUCACUUUCUUAUGAUUACUCAAUUACUUUUACAUGGAACUUGAAUACAAAAUAUUUGAAAUUUCAGUAACACGUAAUCGAAUUAAAAUUAAAUUUAAUAUUUUACUAUAGCUCGAUAAUUAUCAAAAUUUUCGACAAAAGUUUAACAGCACAAAGGAAAAAGCUACAAAUAAUUCACACCAGCCCUUUGUGCCUCGUGUCAAAGUAAAACUGUCCCAACUCUAUUAUAGUAGCUCGUCAAGCUAGUACAGUUCUCCAGUUUCAUCACCGAAAAUUCUCAUCGUAUACGUGCCAGAAACCAUACGGCCGCGUAAAAUAAUAAACGUUUGUUUAAGGCUACAUCCCAUUUAAAACACAUGCACCAGCCCCGACUGAACUGGACUUACUCAUACACACACGCGACUCGCGCUUACGUACAGCCGUCGGUAAUUUAACCGACGAUUCUGUAUACAUAAAAGAUUUAACGCAGCUGAGACUCAAGGCCGCAUCGAAGCGAGUAGUAUAGUGAUGAUAAAAAGAAGGGGAAUGACAGAAGAUGAACCGACGAUUCUGCGGACGUCGAUGAGGAGUCAUGUAUAUGGAUGAUGAUGAGGGAAGUCAUCGCGAUCUAUUUCAGGAUGUGGAGAGCAUUGUUCCAUUCGGUUGGUUCGCCUUGGAAUUUACAACGGGUUUUUAAACAAUUUACUGCUGCGAAACUGCUCAUUAGACUGAAGGAAGGUUUAAAAUCCCAUUGUUCACGCGGCUUUACUGUUCAGUAAUUGCACUGAUUAAUAAUCGGCGUGUAGUCACCCGAAGCUCUUUGUUCUCUGAUUCUUCAAAUAAUAAAUAAAAUCAACACGUGUUUCCGCAAGACUCGACAACACAAAACGCGUCGAUAGCAAAAUCCAUCACUGCGGUUUUCCCUCUCCCCACGAGCACCGCACGAAUAAGCCAAAACAAAAUUUAUCAAAUCGAGCGUUCGCGGCUCUUUAUCGCUGUCGCAAGCUCGACACCCGUAAUAACGCGCGGAAAUAUGAAAUCUGUGUCAACACACUCACACAACUUCGUAUUUCCCGCGGAAGCGCGAUGAAGCGUCACGAAAUAUGCACCGCGAAUUGAUAUGUAUACCUACUCCGGAGAAACAAGCCGUCGAUCGCGCGCGACGUCACUGAGAAACUCACGACGAGUGUAUCGGCCCAAUUUCGUUAAUUGUGCCUCGGCAUGCAAUGGCCUACAAAGCUCCUCUAACGAUACAGACACGAGCUUUUUUGUCCGAGAGGUACUUUUUCCUCCUGCAAGUCAGCCCGCUUACGUAACGCGGCGAGACUGGCUGGGUAUUGAACUAUUCGCGUCGUCAAGUAAACAACCUGCCGAGAGCUUGCGAAAGCUUUCGCGGUAGCGAGGGACGCGCAGAGCUUUCUCGGCAUCGGGCCGCUUCGAAGCUCCGCUAUAACGUUUCUUUUACUCGAUUCGAAACAUGGUCCCUCAGGACAGGAGCAGACUGAAAGCUCCGCAUCGGUUCAGCGCUCGCUUGUCCGGGUUACCGCGGAAGCAUCAGUAGCCUUAUCGGCAUGCAGCGGAAGUGUUGCGCUCAUUGCCCGGGAAGUGUGACCCGGACGGGUGACCCUAUCCGAGAACACGUCUGUACUGUACCCGAGUACGUAGGGGGUAGUUUAAGGGUCUCGUCCCUCUCGGGGAGGCACGUGUGCAAGGAUGGGAGAACGAAGUCGGCUAAGGGUACGGAGAUGCCCGAGCCGACUGGUUCGUGCUUCGACAGAUUCGCCACUGCGAAGAAGUUUCACGCGGAGAAUCUACAGCAUCAGCCGCUGCCGGAUAAGGUGGACGAUGCUAUUUUCACCAAGGACAAGAAGGCCGAGGAUCCUUGCAUGUGCGAGGCUGUUAAGAGGUGCCAGAAAAUAGUGCCGCGUCGCCAGCAGAACCGCAAGAAGGAGAUAAAUCGAGUGCACAAGUACGCGCCGGCCCUCGGCUGCAAGAAGCCCAUGACCUACAUGGACCUGGCGAUAUGUUGGGAAACGCCGAUAGAUCCCUCCUACGAACCAGCUCGUCCAGCUCACAUCGACGGUUCGGAUGGUGGACCUGCUCCUGCGAUUUUCGCUCUGGUGCAACACGCUGAAUCGCAAACCGAUUGCAAGGACGGUUGCAUACCCGGGAUGAGAGAAGUCGAAGAUGGCGAGGAGUGCGAGCAUCAUCAGCCGUGCGACAAGUGCGGCCAGAACGGAAUAAAUCCAGCCACCGAAGCGAACGACGAUCUCUGCAAGAACUUGGACUCUCUUCACAUAACCUCCCCACGCAACAGCAAACCUGGCGUAGGAGCCGCAGCCCGUUGCAAGCGAGCCCACUUCCUGAGGCACUGCGUCGCCUGCUGCAAUAAAUCCGAGCCAAAAAAGCCCUGCAGAGCUCGUUCAGCCUCGUGUCUCCAGAAGAACGGCUGCACCGUUGUCGCUCGCAAGAACAACGGACUGCCCGGUAAGGCCCACGUGCCACGUCCCAGGACCCCUUACGCCAGGAGGUCCUUCUGUAUCGACACCCUCGCGCCGCCUUUCAGUAUCGUUACCGGCUGCAGAGACGCGGAUUAUCCCGAGCACUGGAGGCUCACCUCGAUUUACCAACAGUCCUACAGGAACCCGAGGAAGAUGAGGGAGGGGAGAACGAUUUUGAGCUACGAUCGGUCGUACCUUUAGGAUUGUUGUUCGCGCUGUUGUUUUAUGUUGAUGGACCAUUGUUAUGGAUUUAGAAUAGUAGAGUAGACCGUUAAAAAUGAAAAAAAGUUUUCGCUUGAUUAAUUCUGUUUUCGGCAUUUACAUUAUUAUGUAAUGGCGAGUAUCGUUGUGAUGAUCGAAUUUCUAAAAUUAGGGUCGUUACGGCUAUUUUCUUAUUGGUUUACUACCUUUGCUAGAGGAAUAUAGUGUUUUUAUUUUUGUACAAUAUACUAUACUUUUGUUAUAUCGACUUACGAUAGAUUAUAUAUUAUAUAGUGUUUGUUGAAUAGAAUAUCGAUUAUGAUUCGUUACAGCCGUUUUGUAUACUGCACGUUGAUAAUAAUUCACUAAUCUCUCCUCUUUCCCAUGAUGGUAUUGCGCUAAUAUUAAUGUAAUGCGUCGUGUAAACCAGAAAAUAGAAUUGAAAUAAAAAGUACCUUAACAGCAAA